AUGUCCCUCGGAGAUGGAGUGUACUGGAAAAGACACACCAUGGUGGAAGGUCGAGGAGGGGUCGUGGACAGCAUGCAGCGGUUUUCAAGCUUGCCCGUGUACCUGCCUGUGAGCUACCACCUCUCCAGCGCUGAGGUUUCCUUCUUCCUGAAAGAAACCAACCAGGAUAUUACGAGGAACGCCAGCUUGCAGUCCAGAACAGAGUCUUUCCUUCUCUAUCAAGCCACCAGAUUGCCUGUUUUAAAUGUCACUUACGGCCCGUUUACUGUAGAGCAAAUGGUGCCUCCAAACCUCCUCCUGACAUCUGCGACGUUCAGUUUUGCCGACCAGUUUACCUUCAAUUGGAAAUUGCAAUCGCGCAUCAUCGACAGCUCCAUAUUUUCCAACAGGCCAAAAGUCCAAGCUUUGUUCUACAUUGCUGGCAAGGACUGGGAAGAGGAUGAUCCUGCAGAAAUCUUGCCUUGUGUGCAGAUGGUGGCCUUCCAGGAAGACAGAGUUGCUGUUGGCAGUUGUCGGUUGAAAGGUCACCUGGGGUUGUGUGUUGCAAGACUGGAGUUUUCACCGAGCUGGUUUAACAUGGAGCCUCCAUCUUCGCUCUCCCUGUUGGUCCCAGAGUAUCAACAGAGGGUGGACUCCUUGGAAGGGAACACUGUGGAACUUUUCUAUAGGGUAUAUGAGGCAGAUGGGGAAUGUUCUUCAGAAGAUCAGCUCUUGGAACCGUUUCUUCACUCAGACGGCCAGGAAGAGGCCCAGAUGCCUCCAGCUUCAAUGAGGAGAAUGGGCAGUGUUGUUCUUUAUCCAACUCGAGACAAGCUGAAGAAGUCAUCGCUGAGUCUCGAUGAUAACCUUGUGAUCUCUUUACCACUCAGACCGGUCAAGGAAGGGGACCUUGUCACAUUUCACGUGUCCCUUGCCAGCGGCACUCAAGUAGACCAGUUUACAUUAAGAAUUAAGGCUGCCCCAGGUGUGAAGAUAAUAGACAUUCGAGUCAAUGAUCCGGAUCAGUGGGGAGUUCAACAAGAUGUAGACAAUGGAAGAACACAGACCACCGCCACCAUUGUGUGUGAACACAUCGAUCCAAACCCAGAGAGCAGGACAAAUGGCUCCUCUUACGAGAUCUUUCAAAUGGACUUUGAAAUUGACAACAGCAGUGGCCUGGUGGGGGCCCAGCAAAUCACCUGGCAGGUGGAAUACCCUCAAGGUGAGGCUAUGAGCGAGCUGCUUGUCUCCGAGAUCUUUGUCAGCCAAACAUCUUUCGCUGGGAUUGUUCCGCUUGCAAUGGACACAGAGGUCCUUAACACGGCCAUUCUCACUGGGAAAACAGUGUCCAUUCCAGUAAAAGUGGUUGCUGUAGAAGAGGAUGGGUCAGUGAGUGACGUGUCAGAAUCCACGGACUGCAGAUCAGCUGAUGAAGAUGUCCUAAAGGUUUCUGAAAACUGCAACGCCAUCUUUGUCAACGGGAAGGAAAUGAAAAGCAAAGUGGACACCAUCGUGAACUUCACGUAUCAGCGCUUUACUACCCGGCUGGAAGUCACCGUCUGGGUUCCGCGACUUCCUCUGCAAAUAGAGAUCUCGGAUACAGAACUGAGCCAGAUCAAGGGCUGGCGGAUACCCGUCACUACCAACAAAAGGCCUACACGUGACAGCGACGAGGAAGAGGAUGAUGAGAAAAAAGGCCGGGGUUGCACCCUCCAGUACCAGCAUGCUACGGUGCGCGUCCUCACUCAGUUUGUCGCAGAAUCCUCUGAUUUGGGUGGCCAGCUGACCUACAUGCUCGACUCAGAGUGGCAGUUCGACAUCACAGACCUCGUGGCUGACUUCAUGAAAGUGGAAGAACCCAAAGUGGCCAAGUUACAAGAAGGCCGAGUUCUGUUAGGACGUGAGCCAGGAAUUACCACAGUUCAGGUCCUUUCACCUCUUUCCGAUUCCAUUCUGGCGGAAAAAACCGUGAUCGUGCUGGAAGAUCGAGUGACCAUCACAGACCUUGGGAUACAACUUGUAGCAGGCUUAUCACUAUCCCUCCAGACGAGUAAAGGGAACAAGAGAGUGAUCGUUUGUACGACAUCUGCCACGGAUAUUCUUCAUUCACCAAAACAAGAAGCUGUGGUUAGUACUUGGAUUUUGUUCAGUGAUGGAUCCGUUACACCAUUGGAUAUCUACGAUAUGAAAGAUUUCUCUCUGACUGCGACAUCGCUGGACGAAAUGGUGGUGUCGGUCCAGCAAAACCAGGAGAGUGACAGGCCAGUGGUGGUGGCAGAAGGUGAUGGGCAGGGGCCACUCAUUAAAAUAGAAAUGGUGAUCAGCGAGCCCUGCCAGAAGUCCAAGCGGAAGAGCAGCUUGGCAGCUGGCAAAGGAAACGUCAAGGUGAAGUUUGGCCAGAAGGAUUUGGACCACAAAAGUGACACCAAUGAUGUCGAAGACACGGACGCAGAUUUUAAAAACCAUGGGAGCAAUUCUGUGGAGAAGUCAUUGGAGCAACAGAGGACAGGACAAGAUUGGCCCAAACAUGGAGCUUCCAUUGAUCAUGACGAGGCUACCAACCAAAGCACAACUUCCAAGCCUCCUAUUGAUCAAGGUCAUGGGGAGGGCCAGUUGCAGAACAGCCCAACGUCCUUAACGAGCUUUCCCACACAAAUAGACAUUCCUGGGCAGAAUAACCCCGGCGACCUCACUUUGGCUUCCAGAGGCUUAACGGAUCUUGAGAUUGGCAUGUACGCCCUUCUCUGUGUCUUCUGCUUGGCCAUUUUGGUCUUCUUAAUCAACUGUGUGGCAUUUGCUUGGAAAUACAGGCACAAAAGGUUUGCUGUCAGUGAGCAAGGCAACAUCCCGCAUUCCCAUGACUGGGUAUGGCUCGGAAAUGAGGUUGAACUCCUAGAGAACCCGGUGGACAUCUCACUGCCUUCCGAGGAAUGCACCACCAUGAUCGACCGAGGGAUGCAGUUUGAAGAGAGCAAUUUCCUCCUUAAUGGGAGCUCUCAGAAGAACCUCCACAACCAAAUCCUUCGGUCUGCUGAAUAUGCUUGUGAGAAAGAUAUCAGAAAUGAACCCAUCAACCCACCCGGGCCCAAACGGAAACGAGUAAAAUUCACGUCCUAUACCACCAUCCUCCCUGAGGAUGGAGGUCCGUACACCAACUCUAUCCUCUUUGACAGUGAUGACAAUAUCAAAUGGGUAUGCCAAGAUAUGAACCUUGGGGAUUCUAAGGAACUUAGAGACUAUAUGGAAAGGCUGCAGGACAAUAUGUAA